CUACCUACCUGGCCCCGGCCCGAUUUGACCGAUUUGACCGACUCGACCGACAAGACGCUCUACGCGACCGCCUCUUGUCCCAUCUCGUUCGACAAAGGGAUGCGGUAGCAGCUCUCGAGCCUCGGGAACUAUGAUCUUCAGCACGGCCUUUGCGGCCGUCCUCACAGCUGCCGGAUUUUUCAUCCAGGAUGCGAUAGCACACUCCGUGAAGCGGAACCCGCUAUCGGCCAUUGCUCGCAUUGAAGAUGCUGUCAUCAAGACGCCCUCACACCGAGUACAUGCUCUUUCGUCCUUCGACGUCUCAUUUGUCCUCUCCGACACCCAACAGAGGGUCCGUCUGUCGCUGGAACCGAACCACGACCUCAUCAGCGAGGACGCCACAAUACAAUAUCUCCGCGCCGAUGGUACCGUACACAAGGUUGAACCUGUCAAUAGGCAAGAGCACCGUGUCUUCAAGGGCGAGAGCUUCGUCCAGCGCGAAGAGGGGUCGGAAUGGAAGCAUGUCGGCUGGGCUCGAAUCAAUGUUCACCGCGAUGGCGACAGACCCAUCUUCGACGGCGUCUUCACCAUCGACGGGAACCAUCACCACGUUCAGACGAAGACGGCCUACCGUCAGACCGCCGUCACCGGGGACCCGGAGCUUGACGAGGCCGAAGACGACUACAUGGUUGUCUGGCGUGAUACCGACAUCCGACCUUCGGACCGGGACGAGCUGAAGCGCGACUUGGCCGGCGCGGCAACAUGUGGCUCAGACAACUUGCUCUACAACAGAGACGAAAACAAUAUCGUCUACCGAAGCCUGGACGAGGCGGUCGCGGACACGGCUUCCGGGCAGGUCAGUCCAAGGGUCAUCUUUGGACGCCAGAUUGAUUCGACGUCCGGCAGCAACGGGGCGGGCGUCAACUUGGCAAACUCGAUCGGCUCAACGGCGGGCUGCCCGAACACGAGGAAGGUCGCUCUGGUCGGCAUCGCCACCGACUGCACUUACACCAAGGCGCUGGGAAGCAACCAAAACGUGACGUCAAACGUGCUCCAGUUCGUGAACGCGGCCUCGCAGCUGUACGAGAGCACGUUCAACAUCUCGCUGGCCCUCCAGAACCUCACCAUCAGCGAGCCCGAGUGUCCCAGCACGCCCCCGUCCUCAGCCCCCUGGAACCAACCUUGCAGUGACAGCGUGGCCAUCGAAAACCGUCUCAGCCUCUUCUCACAGUGGCGCGGGCAGUGGACCGACACCAAUGCCUACUGGACUCUCAUGUCCACCUGCAACACCGGCCCUGCCGUCGGCCUCGCAUGGCUCGGCGCCGUCUGCCAGCAAGGAGCCCAAACACGGGACAACGAGACCAGCGCGUCGGCGAACGUGGUCGUCAGGACCUCGUCCGAGUGGCUCGUCUUUGCCCACGAGACGGGCCAUAUUUUCGGCGCGGUCCACGACUGCACCAGCCAAACCUGCAGCGACGGCACCGUCACGCGGCAGGAGUGCUGCCCACUGUCCACCAGCACCUGCGAUGCCAACUCGCAGUUCAUCAUGAACCCUUCGACGGGCAACGGCAUCACCAAGUUCUCGCCCUGCAGCAUCGGCAACAUCUGCAGCUUCCUCGGCCGCAGCGCGAACCACGGCAGCUGCCUGACCAGCAACCGGGCCUUGACCACCUUCACGUCGCAGUGCGGCAACGGGAUCGUCGAGGACGGCGAGGACUGCGACUGCGGCGGCGAGACCGGCUGCGCCAACAACACCUGCUGCGACCCCAAGACGUGCAAGUACACCCAGGGCAGCGUGUGCGACCCGACCAACGACGAAUGCUGCACCGCCCAGUGCGGCUUCAUGGCCCAGGGCACCGUCUGCCGCGCCAGCACGGGGCCGUGCGACCCGCAGGAGGUCUGCACCGGCACGUCGGCCGGCUGCCCGGCCGACCAGAUCGCGCCGGACGGCCAGGCGUGCGGCAACAGCGGCGACGGGCUGGCCUGCGCCUCGGGCCGGUGCACGUCGCGCGACCAGCAGUGCCAGACCUUCAUGGGCGCCAACGCGACCACGUCGUGCUCCUCCUCGGGCUGCAUGCUGUCGUGCCACUCGUCCCAGCUCGGCCCGGACCAGUGCUACGUGCUCAACCAGUACUUCCUCGACGGCACCCCCUGCGAGGGCGGCGGCAAGUGCUCCAACGGCAACUGCCAGGGCAGCUCCCUGUGGCGCCAGAUCCUCGACUGGAUCAACGACAACAAGCAGAUCUCCAUCCCCAUCUUCUGCGUCGUCGGCGGCCUGCUGCUGCUGUCCAUCCUCUGCUGCUGCUGGAGCUGCGUCAGCCGCCUCCGCCGCCGCCGUGGCCGUGGACUCGCCUCGCGCCGCGGCCUGUCCAAGGCGUCCGCCGCCGCUGCCGCGCCCGGCGGGUGGGCCGCCGACUACUUCGGCGCGCGCCGCGCCGCGCGCGGCUCCGGCACGCCGCCCGGAAUGCGCCCCGGUCCGUCGUAUUCGCCUGUCCCCCCGCCGCCGGAGGGCACGCAGCAGGAUAUGAGGUGGGAGCCGCUGCGGUCGACCAGUUUCCGGUACGCGUGAGGAAGCAAUGGGAAUCAAUGGACGGACGGAACGGGCCUGGGUUAUUGGUAUGGAUGGCUAUCUGUUAUGUUGUUUGCUUUGGCAUGACACCA